UUCUCAUAUUCAGGACUCGCUAUAUCUGACCUCGGCGGACUCGUGACCAUCAUGUGGUCCAGCAUCUGCUAUAACCCGUUGUUUUCCGGCAGUGACCUCCCCUUCCAGACCAUGGACGUCAUGUACAUCACGAGCGCAUGGCCACACGCCUGCUUUAACAAGUGAGAGCAAUAAUAUGUAUACUUAACAAGUAGUUUGGUUCUCUUUGACUUGUGUUGGCUACUAUUGAAAUAGUCCCAAGAAUACAACUAGGCUCUUACGUUGUAAAGAGGAACCGUUUUACUUUCUUGUUAAAAGUAUUUAUACAUUUCACAUUACAUUUUUUUCCCUCUACUCUUUUUCUACAACGAAUGUUUCCAUUUUUUCCGUUAAAGUAUUGUAAGCUACUCAUUGAUUGUUCUUAGAACUAUUUUAUUUUUCCACUUCUUUUCUUUAAAAAAAAAAAAAAAAAUUCCCUCUUCUCUUUUUCUACAACGAAUGUUUCCAUUUUUUCCGUUAAAGUAUUUUAAGCUACUCAUUGAUUGUUCUUAGAACUAUUUUAUUUUUCCACUUCUUUUCUUUAAAAAAAAAAAAAAAAAAAGAAUUACAAGUUUUAUCACGGCUUUCAUCACGUUUGAGAGAUGCAUCUGCAUCGCCGUGCCGCUCAAGGUCAAGGUCAUCAUCACCCCGUCCCGCACCAAGGUCAUCGUCCUCGCCAUCUUCGUCCUCCUGUUCGCGCUCUUCUCCCCGCUCUUCUACGUCAACCGCCUGACGUGGACCUUCAGCCCCCAGCGUAACGCCACCAUCCUGGCCAUACGCUACUCCGAGGAGAGAGAGGCGGUCGAGACGGCCACCUUCUUCAUCUACAGCGUCGCCAUGUCAGCCUUCGUCAUCGCCUUCGUGUUCGUCUGCACCCUCGUUCUGAUCGUCAAACUAAACUCGAAAGUAAAAUGGCGGCUGACCUCCGUCGCCAACACCGCGAAGCAGUCGCAGACCGUCUCCGUCAAGGACAGAAAAGUGGUGAAAAUGGUGGCGCUUAUUUCCACGAUCUUCGUGAUCUGCUACAUCCCCACGACUCUGAUCUUCUUCAUGAUGGCGUACGAGCCCCAGUACAGUUACGGGGGCAGGUAUGAGAACAUUUACAUCGUCGUGUGGUCGGUGGCCAACGUCCUGGAGACGGUCAACUCCAGUAUCAACUUCGUCGUUUACUACAAUAUGAGUUCCAAGUUCCGUCUCAGAUUCCUUGAAAUAUUUUUCAGAAAGGAUGUCGGCUAGUCUUGGUGGUGUUUUUUUAUUUGUUUGCUUGUCUGAAGUUCUUUCAGUUUUAUUAGGCGAUAAACUUCUGCCACAUAUAAAGAGGAUAAUUAUAAUUCUUAGCAUUUAUGAUCAAGUCUUAAAAACCUACCAGACAUUAGCACAUUGAAAUCAAGUAAGCCAAUAUGUGACUUGACAUAAAAAUAAAUGACAC